AAAGCCUUUAAAACAAAAAUAAUAUCGGAACCGCACAAAAGGACCCUAAAGGACAUAAAUGUUUUAGCCUUUAAAAAGCCGGUUAUUUGCUUUAAAUACGGGCAGUUAGGCCAUAUCGCUGCAGCAUGCAAAAUACGAACGGAUAACCCGGAAACCCCGUUGGCCCUAGCAACCAUACAAAGGGCGAAAGGGAAAAGGCCCGAGGUACGGUAUUACGGGUAUAAAAAAUUGGGCCAUAUCCGGCCGGCAUGCCCUAAAAAAAGCAAAAUAUCGCUAUUUAACUCGAUACCGCUAUUUGGCCGUUUAAAUACCGGGGCCUAA